UGUGAGGGUGUUAUAGUUCGCUUUCUUCUACCAGGUUCCCACUCCCUCUCUUAUACUCUUUGCUUUUGCUCUGGAGAUUUUCGUGUUUAGUUUCGAUUGUUCCGAUCAAGUUUUUCCGAGGCUAUUAGAUCUCUCCGUUGCCGGAAACUAUGCCGUCACCGGCGAGCGUGCGGUGACAAUUCCGGUUGGUGUCUCAUUCGCGGAGAGAGCUCUCAUCCGCCAUGGAAGUUAAAGGUUUUGGCGUCUUCUUCUUCUUCGGGUUCAUUUUGGUGAGGAUCAUGAAUAAGGAAAUUUAUUUUAGUUCUUUCGGUGAAGCAUCUAUCUGAUCCUCUCUCUAUGUGGUUUCGGUGGAUUCUGAAAAUUUUAUGGAUCAAUUUAUGUUAUAUAUGAGUAUCUAAACAGCUUCGGUUUCGUGAGAAAUUCGAGUGCUUAAUUGUGCUGCUAUAAAUCAGAGACGGAUCUCUACCCAUUCCUGUGUUUCUUUUGCAGUAGCAGUAGCCCCUUGUAAGCUAAGUUUGAGUAGUAAAACCACGACGGCUUUACUAGUAAUAGCGCUCGGUGCUUUCACUAAUGAAAGAAGGUUCUUGUUCUAUACUUUGCUGGUUAGAGAGGAUUUGAAGCAGCGCUCAGCUCUGCCCAAGUCCAGUAAUGGACAAUUUCUCAUCUGGGGAAGAUUUGAUCAUUAAGGCAAGAAAGCCAUAUACUAUUACCAAGCAGCGAGAGCGGUGGACUGAGGAGGAGCAUAAUAGGUUUCUUGAAGCCUUGAAGCUCUACGGGCGAGCAUGGCAGCGCAUUGAAGAACAUAUAGGAACAAAGACUGCUGUGCAGAUCCGAAGUCAUGCACAGAAGUUCUUUUCAAAGCUGGAGAAGGAGGCAGUCAGUAAAGGUGUUCCUGUAGGACAAUCAAUUGACAUAGAUAUUCCGCCUCCGCGCCCUAAAAGGAAACCAAGCAAUCCUUAUCCUCGGAAGUCUAGUGAAGCUGCUCCAACAUGGUCCACGUCGCAUGUCGGAGCAGGGGAUGGAAAACUUGUGUCAUCAGCUUCUUCUUCACAUUGUAAACAAGCAGUGGACUUGGAGAAAGGACCACUCGAUGAGAGAUCCAGUGGAGAAGAAAAGCCAAGUUAUGGAAAAGAAAACAAAGAUGAAAGUUGCUCAGAAGUCUUCACCUUACUCUCAGAGUCUCACUGCUCCUCUGUGUCUUCUGCAAACAAAAGUUCCAUACCUGCACUCAGAAAUGCUUGCACUUUUAGAGAGUUUGUGCCUUCAGUGAAAAAGGUAAUCCCUCGAGAUGGCAAUGAAUCUUAUGUCACUAUUGAACUUAAAGGAAAUGAGAAUUUGAAGAAAACUGAUGCCAAAAAGAUUGUUCAAGAUAAUGCCACAAGUGAAGCCUCAAAGUUGGAGAACACUAAUGCUUUUAAGUUGGUUCAAGGUGAGAAAGCAGAUGAUUUGAAUUGUUCAUUGCCAACAGAUGGGAUGCGAAGUACUCCGGCCUGCCCGAGGAACGUUCCUAUACACAUACUGGAUGGGAGCGUAGGAGAAUGUAAUCAAACUACAACCCCAGAUUUGUCAUUUUCAUUCCAGGAUUCUGUAUUUCAUCCUAUGGGAAAGAUUCGUGUACAGCCUAACCUGUUUACAAAUCCAGCUGCAUCUACUACUACUACUGAACAUGAAAGUAAUGUAUCAAGAUCUUGUAUUGACCAAUCAUUUCCACCUAUUCCACCUCCAUUUACCCCAUUCCACCACAAUCAAGAGGACUACCACUCAUCUCUUUCCUCCACAUUUUCAAGUCUUAUUGUGUCUUCUCUGCUACAAAACCCUGCAGCCCAUGCUGCGGCUAGCUUUGCAGCCACAUUCUGGCCUUACACAAAUGCGGAGAACAAGGAAGGUUCUCCUGCAUGCUCUGCCGGAGGUUUUCCAUCUAGCCAAAUGAACUCCCCUCCAAAUAUGGCAGCAAUUGCUGCUGCCACUGUAGCUGCAGCAACUGCAUGGUGGGCUGCCCAUGGACUGCUCCCCUUGUGCGCUCCUCUUCAAACUAGCUUUAGCUGUCCUGUGCCCGUGCCCGUGCCCGUGCCCAUGACUGGAGUUUCAUCAAUGGACAAUGAUCAAGCUCCUGCAGCCGAGACAGAGAAAGGACAGGAUUCUCUUCAAGUUCCUUGCUUGCAGGAUCAACUGCAGGACCCAGAACAGUCAGAAGCUGUGCAAGCACAACAUUCACCUCCAAAAUCACCAACCACAACCUCAUCAGACUCUGAAAAUGGAGGUGCAAAGCCUGAUAUUGGAUCAAAAGCUGAUGAUAAUGAGAAGGACCUAGCAACAACUGAAGUUCAAGAUUCGAACAAAGCAAAGAGCAAAAAACAGGUGGACCGUUCUUCGUGUGGUUCAAACACAACUUCCUGCAGCGAAGUAGAGACGGAUGCAUUAGAGAAGCAAGAAAAAGGUGAGGAAGAACUAAAAGAACCCGACAUAAACCCAGCUUCUGAGUCUAGUUAUCACCGCACUAGAAGUAUAAGCAACAUGAGUGAUUCUUGGAAAGAGAGACACAUGAAUGAUUCAUGGAAAGAAGUCUCUGAAGAGGGGCGAAUGGCUUUUCAAGCAUUAUUCUCAAGAGAGGUAUUGCCCCAGAGUUUUUCACCUCCACCUGACCUGAAGGAUAAGGGGCAUAAGGACACUAUAGAAGGACAGCAAAAUAGUGGUGAGAAAGACGGAAGAUCUCUAAUGUUAGACCUGAACAGCAAGGCCUGGGCACUAUGUUGUCACCCAGAUGGGGAGAAAAUUGCAUCACCACCAGGAGGGCUCAACGAUGCAGGGGGGCUGUUGACAUUAGGCCUGGGAUAUGGAAAGCUAAAGGCUCGUCGAACAGGAUUCAAGCCUUACAAAAGGUGCUCUGUAGAGGCCAAUGAGAACAGGGUGGCAAAUGCCAGCAGCCAUUGUGAAGAGAAAGGUCCCAAGAGGCUUCGCUUGGAAGGGGAAGCUUCAACUUGACAUUCGAUAUUGCAUGCAAAAUCAAAGGAAACCUUUGCUUUUGCAAGUAAUGUUAUUGUUUCCCCCUUUCAGUAAGUUAUAUUCCUUUGCGUUUCAUUUGAAUUUUCAAGUCAAGGAGAUCAGGAACUUGUCUGGGUGUGUGUACCGUAUAUAUGUCAUUGCAUUUACUCAUUCACUA